GAACGCAGCACUGACUCGGUCUCUACGGCAACGGCUGACAACGGAGAGAAAGAUGGUUUACAUCACAGAGGACAUGGUCCGCCGGCGAUCCGAGCACAACGACUGUGAGAUCUCGUCCCUGGAGGAGGUGUCUCUGCAUCAGCAGGACAUCGAGAGGAUUGAACACCUGGACCGGUGGUGCAGGGACCUGCGGAUCCUCUACCUGCAGAACAACCUCAUCCCCAGGAUAGAGAACGUCGGGCGCCUGAAGAAGCUCGAGUAUUUGAACCUGGCCUUGAACAACAUUGAAGUCAUUGAGAACCUUGAAGGCUGCGAGAGCCUCCAGAAACUGGAUCUGACGGUGAAUUUCGUGGGCCGUCUGAGCAGCGUGGAGUCUCUGACACACAACGUGCACCUGCGGGAGCUGUUCCUGGUGGGGAACCCCUGCUCCGAGUUCCAGGGCUACAGGCAGUACGUGGUCGCCUCCCUGCCCCAGCUCAAGUUUCUGGACGGGACGGAGAUCAGACGCUCGGAGAGAAUCGCAGCCUCUCAGGGACUGGAGGAGGCCAGGAGACAGGUCUGGGAGCAGGAGAAGGACUACCUGCAGAGGAGAGCCAGGGAGAGAGUGGAGGCGCAGAGGAAGGAAGCGGGAGAGGACAGAGGAAACAAGGAGAGGAAACCGGGCUUCGAUGGCCGCUGGUACACCGACAUCAACAACACAGCCCCAGUGUUGGAGGAGAAUAAGGAGAACCAGGAAGCGGUGGAGAACGUGGUGAACCUCGACUUGGAUGAAAUGCGGCGGGAGAAGGAAUUCUGGGAAACGCCGUGUUCAUUCACCCCUGAAUCCCGUGUAGAGGUUCACCGCCACCUGGAGGAGAAAAAGAAAGCAAAGGAGAAAGAGAACGAGAAGAAGCCGAAGGCCCCGAGGACCCUGAUCACCGCUGAAGGCCGAGUCCUGAACGUCAACGAGCCCAAACUGGACUUCUCUCUGACUGAAGACGAAGAAAACAACACCGUCGUCUUAGACCUGGGCGUGUACAGACACAUGGACACCUCGCUGAUCGGCGUGGACGUUCAGCCGACGUACGCCAGAGUCACCGUCAAAGGAAAGAUAUUUCAGAUGGUCCUGCCCGCCGAAGUGAAGCCCGACAGCUCCACAGCUCAGAGGUCCCAAACCACGGGACACCUGGUCCUCACCAUGCCCAGGGCCGAAGGUGAAAUCAAAGUGACAAAGAGCGUCCCACCUCCGCCCAGAGGGCGUCAAAGCAGGUGUACCGGCUCGCCUGAGGACAAUAACAGAAGACCCGGCGUCCCUGAGACGGGGGACGUGGCCCCCGGCGGGGGCCGCCCGGGGGGUCGACCCCUGCCAACAUCUUUUCCGCGGCGGGGGCCCAAAACGAAGGCCGUGGAAAACCCCCCGGAAAGGGGUCCACCCCCCAGCACCCCCCCCCGGGCCCCACAGCAGCUUCCCCCAGGGGUUUUGUGGACGCCCCCCGAUGUCCCCCAGGGUUUAUAAAAAAAAAUCACCACUAGGGG